AUGAAAGGUUGUGGUGAAACAAUAACUGAUAAGAUGAUAGUUGAGAAGGUAAUGUGUAUGUUAACCUCUCACUUUGAUCAUGUUAUCAUUGUUAUUCAAGAAUCCAAAAAUCUUGAAACACUGAAGUUAGAAGAAUUGACUGGUUCGUUGGAGGCGCAUGAGUUGAGAAUUAUUGAAAGAAAUUGUGUUCAAGAUCCGAUAUUGGCACUACAGGCUCAAACAUGGAAGAAACACGAUGGUUCUAACAAGUUCAGAGGAAAGACUCAGAGUAAGAAGUCUUGGUUGAACCCUCAAAAGCAUAAGGUCGAUUUUGUAUCCUCCAAAAGAGGAGAAGGAACUUCGACUAAUAAAGAAGAAAAGAAAGGCGUGCAGUGUUACAACUGUGAAAAAUGGGGUCACUUAGCCAAGAAUUAUGAACAUGUUGACUCCAAGAUCUGGUUCCUCGAGACAGGUUGUUCGAACCACAUGACUGGUCGAAGAAAGUGGUUAGCAAACUUUGACAAAUCAAAGAAGAGCAAGAUAAAACUUGCAUAUAAUAGCUCGUUGCAAGUAGAAGGUACAUGUGACAUAGUUAUUCAGAGGAGCAAUGGUGGAAAAGCUAUGAUUAAAGAUAUACUCUACAUACCUGAAAUGAAGUGCAAUUUGCUUAGUGUUGGAUAA